AUGAAUGAACUUCCGUUCGUUAUUAUAAUAAGUACAAGUCCAUACCUGCUUUGCCACCAUCAUUGUGUUUAUUUAGCGGCUCGUUUGUAUCGGCGUCGCUGGUCCGCGGCGCGUCCUAUACCCGUCCCGCUCUGGCGCACAGAGACGGACAGAGACGGAGCGACUCUCGCGUUGACACAAUAUUUGGACACCGACUUGGUUACAAUGGAAAGGAAAAAGAAACAGCUAUACCAGAAACAGCUUAUACCAGAAACAGCUUUUGCUCCUUCAGUUUUAACGGAAGCUCCAGCACCUGAUGACCACCAAGAGAACGUCCCAGCUCUCGAUUAUCCUCGAGCACAAACUCCAGAAUGCGGAAAUACAACACCUACUUUUUUAUCAGAAGCCUCAACACCUGAUCUUGACCAAGAAAAUGUACCACCUAUUGAUAGUCAACAACGGAAGACUCCAGAAUCUAGUGAUAGAUCACCAUCAAUUUUGACACAGAUACCAAUAUCUGAUGUUCUGCGAGGAAAUAUUUCACCUGUUGAUUGUCUUCGAUAA